GCGGCUGCUCGUAACGAGCGUAACAUCCAAGCCGGAGUCCUUAAAUCACUUCAAAAUACAUUUUCGUUGACUCGCUGAUUCAGUAAAUGACGCGUGUUGUAUUUCCAAAUUAUGGAUAUUAAUCUUGAAGAUCUGCCAAUCUGGAUGGGAAUGGAGAGCAGCACCAUUGUUUUAAUCAGCCCGUGAAGUUGGACCCAGCCUGAAAAGAAACCAAAAUUCAACAAAUACCAGAUACAUUGGUAUUAAAUGCCAGAUUAGGAAUUUCGCAUUUUUAUUUUUCACCCAGUCGUAUUGCUAUUGCAUAUUGACAUCUAUGGCGUUUGUCCAACGUUGAUCUGAUUUGUUUGCCAUUUUCUCCAUGGGAAAGUGCUGCAUUGACAGAUUAGCAUUUCAAAUACGUCUAAUAUUAAUCUAACAGUCCUGUGCAUUGCAGCUAUUGGCUUGUUAUACAGAAUAAUUGUUUAUUAUAUUCUGAAACACACUACAUAACUGGACCUGCAUGUAGUGCUAUCAUCCAUUUCUCUAAUCAAAUAAGAUUUUAAAACCAUCAGUGAAACAAUCCUUUAGUAUCUCCCAAAAUUAAGUCUCUGGUCCAGCAGGGAUGUAUUUUUGAAAUGUAAGACCCAGUUAGACUGUCACAACUAGGCAUACAUUAUUUAAACCCUGCUUGUUUGUUCUUUGGCUUCCUGCUGGACUAAAGUCUUGUCAUUUGCAGUUUGACCCAGUGUGAGUGUGUGACCAGAAUCCAGGAGGGAGUUGAAUGUGCUCUUGGCACUGUUUUUGACCUAAACUAAUGUUCCAGCUGUCAAGACAUUGCACUGAACUUUUUAUUUGCACAAUAAAGGCGAACAUGUCUUCACUGUGCCUUUGGAAACACAGAAAAACAACCCAGUAAGGACAAUGUUGACCAUUUUUGGACUCGACAUGCUUCAAAUAUCACGAAAUAUCCGGGAUUCCGGAGUAAGGCAUAUCUAGAUGUAUUUUAUUUUAUGAACUCAAGACUGCCAGAAAGCAUUUCUGUCUCUUCAUAACACUUCUUUUGGUGGAAAUACCGACCAUCAUGGGCGACGCUAGUUUGAACGACUCUAAUGUGAAAGUGGCGGUUCGGGUUCGGCCCAUGAACCGGAGAGAAAAGGACCUGAAUACAAAAUGUGUUGUGGAAAUGGAGGGGAAUCAAACUUUUCUGUACCCGGCAAACCUGGGAAAAGAUUCCAGCAGGGGUCAGCCAAAGGUCUUCGCCUACGACUACUGUUUUUGGUCAAUGGAUGAGUCAGAAACGGAGAAGUUUGCUGGUCAAGAUGUUGUGUUUCAGUGCCUUGGGGAGAGUCUUUUGCACAACGCCUUUCAGGGUUACAAUGCCUGUAUUUUUGCAUAUGGGCAGACUGGCUCUGGGAAGUCAUACACCAUGAUGGGUUCGGUGGACCAGCCCGGUCUGAUUCCCCGCCUCUGCAGCUCCCUGUUUGAACGGACCAUCCAACAUCAACGGGAGGAGGAGAGCUUCACCGUAGAAGUCUCUUAUAUGGAAAUCUACAACGAGAAAGUCCGGGACCUGCUGGAUCCCAAAGGGAGUCGGCAGGCCUUGAGAGUGAGAGAGCAUAAAGUUUUCGGGCCUUAUGUAGAUGGACUGUCCAGGCUGGCAGUAGAAAGUUACAAGGACAUCGAGUCCUUGAUGUCUGAGGGGAAUAAAUCCCGCACUGUGGCUGCCACCAAUAUGAAUGAAGAGAGCAGUCGUUCUCAUGCUGUUUUCAAAAUCAUCCUCACACACACACUGAAGGACCUGCAUUCAGGGACAAGUGGGGAAAAGGUUAGUAAGUUGAGUUUGGUGGACCUGGCAGGAAGUGAGCGAGCUGCUAAGACGGGCGCUGCAGGCGAGCGGCUCAAAGAAGGCAGCAACAUCAACAAAUCUUUAACCACUCUGGGGUUGGUGAUCUCAGCGUUGGCAGACCAGGGCGCUGGAAAGAACAAGAACAAAUUUGUGCCCUACAGAGAUUCAGUGCUCACAUGGCUGCUCAAGGACAGUUUAGGUGGAAACAGUCGGACCGCCAUGGUUGCCACUGUGAGUCCAGCGGCAGACAACUACGAUGAGACCCUGUCCACGUUGCGUUAUGCCGACCGAGCAAAGAGCAUCGUCAACCAUGCCGUUGUCAAUGAAGACCCCAAUGCGAGAAUUAUCCGAGAACUCCGGGAGGAAGUGGAGAAACUGCGAGAUCAGCUGACACAGGCUGAGUCUAUGAAGGCGCCAGAGCUGAAGGAGAGGUUAGAAGAGUCUGAAAAAUUGAUCCUGGAGAUGACGGUAACCUGGGAAGAGAAACUGAGGAAGACUGAGGAAAUUGCACAAGAGAGGCAGAAACAGUUGGAGAGUCUUGGCAUUUCUCUGCAGUCAUCUGGCAUCAGGGUUGGUGAAGAUAAGUGCUUCCUGGUCAACCUCAACGCUGAUCCUGCUCUCAAUGAACUGUUGGUCUAUUACCUCAAGGAGCACACUAAUGUUGGAUCAGCAGACUCUCAGGACAUCCAGCUUUGUGGGAUGGGCAUCCAGGCAGAGCAUUGUGUCAUUAACAUCACUCCUGAGGGAGCUGUCUUUCUCAACCCUUACAGAAACUCACGAACUUGUGUUAAUGGAUCUCCAGUCACGAGUCGGCAACAGCUUCACCAUGGUGAUCGGAUUUUAUGGGGAAACAACCACUUUUUCAGGAUAAACCUCCCGAAGCGGCGCUCACGAGGUGAGGAAGAGGAGGGUGAGGGAGGGAAUAUGAAGAACAGUAACAGCAGUGAACAGCUGGAUGGAGAGGGAGACACAGCCAGUGAGGUGUCUAGUGAGGUCAGCUUCAGCUAUGAGUUUGCUCAGACUGAAGUCAUGAUGAAAGCCCUAGGGAGCAACGACCCCAUGCAGGCUGUACUUCAGUCUCUGGAGCGGCAGCAUGAGGAAGAGAAGAGGACUGCUCUGGAGCGCCAGCGGCUCAUGUACGAGCAGGAGCUGCAUCAACUACGCAGACAACUUACCCCAGACAGACAGAGCAUGCAGAUACCGCAGUCACAGCCCCUGCAGCCACACUACUGCAGCUUGGAGAGACUGAGCCAGGGAGGGAUGUCUUCAUCACCCAGUGCCCAGCAUCGCCUGCGCCAGUGGAGCGAGGAGAGAGAGGCAGUGUUGACGCGGAGUUUGAGGAAGCUGAGGGAGCAGAUUGUGAGGGCUAAUCUGUUAGUGCAGGAGGCGAGCUUCAUUGCUGAAGAGCUGGACAAAAGGACAGAGUACAGAGUUACUCUGCAGAUCCCUGCCGCAAACCUCAAUGCCAACAGGAAGCGAGAUGCUGUAUUGAGCGAACCUGCCAUUCAAGUGAGGAGGAAAGGCAAAGGGAAGCAGAUCUGGGCCCUUGAGAAGAUGGAAAACCGGCUGGUGGACAUGAGAGAGCUUUAUCAGGAGUGGAAGGACUUUGAUGAGGAUAAUCCUGUGAUGCGAUCAUACUUCAAAAGAGCAGACCCAUUCUUUGAUGAGCAGGUGAACCACAGUUUGAUCGGUGUGGCCAAUGUUUUCCUUUCCUGCCUCUUCUAUGACGUGAAACUGCAAUACGCUGUUCCCAUAAUCAAUCAGAAAGGAGAGGUUGCUGGGCGACUACACGUAGAGGUGAUGAGAGUGGGUGGGGGGUUUGGUGACAGCAUAGCCGGAGGAGAUGACAGUGAUGGAAGCCCAGAGGGCGAAGUACAGGAACGCAAGCUGGUUUGUAUGAUUAAGAUCCUACAAGCUACCGGUCUCCCGCAGUACCUGUCCAAUUUUGUCUUUUGUCAGUACUCAUUCUGGGAUCAGCCAGAGCCCAUCAUUGUUGCCCCAGAAGUGGAUCCCUCCGCCUCUUUCUCAAGCAGCAAAGACCCCAACUGCAUGGUGGUGUUUGACAGUUGUAAGGAGUAUGCUGUGACUGUGACAGAGGAGUUUAUCGAAUAUCUGACAGAGGGCGCAAUGGCCAUCGAGGUGUACGGACACAGGCAGUCUGAUCCUGGCAGGAACCCUGCGCUGUGGGAUCUCCGCAUCAUCCAGGCCAAAACACGCACAUUACGUGAUAGGUGGAGUGAGGUCACGCGUAAGCUGGAAAUGUGGGUGCAGAUACUGGAGCUGAAUGAGAAUGGAGAGUACAUGCCUGUUGAAGUUGUACAGGCGCGAGAUAUUCGAACUGGAGGCAUCUUCCAACUUAAACAGGGCCAGUCUCGACGGGUGCAGGUAGAGGUGCGUUCUGUGCAGGAUUCCGGCACAAUGCCUUUGAUAGCAGAGAUCAUUCUGGGGGUGUCAAUCGGCUGUGUGGAGAUCAGACAAGUGCGGAUAACCAAAGCGAAUGAUCCACAAGAGCCUGAGGGUGAUGAAAUGGACAGUUAUCAGGAGCGAGAUUUGGAGCGUCUGAGGCGUCAGUGGCUCACUGCUCUCACUAAGAGACAAGAGUAUCUGGACCAACAUCUUCAGUCCCUUGUCUGCAAAAUGGAUAAGUCAGAGGAUGAUGUGGAGAGGGAGGCGCAGCUGCUCGAGGGCCGUCUGACGCUAACUGAGGAGAGAAAUGCAGUCAUGGUGCCCUCUGCUGGCAGUGGAAUACCAGGAGCUCCUGCUGAGUGGGUACCAGUGCCUGGGAUGGAAACCCACAUUCCUGUGCUUUUCCUCGACCUAAGCGCCGAUGACUUCAGCUCUCAGGAGAACCUGGAUGUCCCCGAGGCUGGAGGCUGGGAUGCCACACUUAGUGCAGAGGAUGAGGAUGAGUUUUUUGACCUUCAGAUUGUCAAACACUAUGAUGGAGAGGUGAAAGCCGAAGCCUCUUGGGACUCCACAGUUCAUGAGUGCCCGCAGCUGAGUCGAGGUGCCACCCAAGAUCAGAGAGUGUACCUGAUCGUUCGCACCGUAGUACAGCUCAGCCACCCUGCAGAGAUGCAGCUAGUCCUGCGCAAACGCAUCUGUGUGAACCUCACUGGACGACAGGGAUUUGCUCAAAACUUCCUGAGGAGAAUGUCCACCAGGAGCAUCAUACCUGGCUGUGGUGUGACCUUUGAGGUGGUCUCCAACAUCCCAGGGCAGGACAGUCAGAGUUCGGAGGACAGGGAGAUGCUCGCCCGUGUGGCUGCCAGUGCAGAGAACCCCAAAUCCUCAGACAAUGAAGCUGCUAUAGAGAAGUACCUGCGGAGUGUUCUGGCCGUGGAGAACAUCCUCACGCUGGAUCGACUGAGACAGGAGGUGGCAGUGAAGGAGCAUUUGGCAGGUAAAGGCAAAUGCAGCAGACGCAGUCUUAGUUCUCCCAGUGUACAUCGGUUAUCUGGAAGCAAACAGGAUUUGUCUCUAAACUCUGUACUGGAUGACAAAAAGAAUCUAUGGGAAAGUCAGCAAGAUAUCUUCAUGACAUCCUCCCAGUUCAGCAAAACACGACCAUCUAGACCUCCUACACCUCCUAUGCAGAGUCCGAAUCAGGACCCUGAGCAAGUAAAGGCCCUGGUCCCUCAGAUGCCCAAGCUGCUCAAGUCCCUGUUUCCAGUACGCGAUGACAAGAAAGAUUUGAGACCCUCUCCACACUCCCAGCAGCUUAUGCCACGAAUAAUGAUGCAAACAGCCAACAGCCCCGAUGAAGGAAGAAUAAGAAUAGAACCGGUUACAGUAGUAGGGAAGAGUUCUGCUUCAGACAGACACCAAGAUGGCCCUGAUGCCCAAUCCUCUAUGCAUGAUCCGCAUGACCUGCCCCUGAGCCCCAUCAGCGAGGCCUCCAGUGGCUAUUUCUCUACUAGUGUCUCCACUGCCACCCUUUCUGACGUCUCCAUUGCUUGCGGGGACCUUACCCCUACCCCCAGUACUCAGAUGGGCCCUAUAGCAUCCAGUCACAGAGGCGACAACAAUGAAGACAGUCUACCAACACCUGUUAAUCCCUUUAUUGCUCCUGUAGAAGCUGGGCUAAAGUACGACCCCAUUGAGGAAACUCUGAGCCUCAAAAAUACCCAGGUGGCUCUCAGGAAUGGUGUCACCUCUCAGCAAGAAGAGCUAAAGGCAACCCCUCCCCAAGUGUUAAGUACCUCCACAGAUAACCCUUUCUCCCUCCAGAAGGUCAGAGCCAAUGAACUCAGGUCUUUCACUAGCAUUCUUGGUCAGGAACAAGGAGACAGUGGUGGAAAAGCGACCAUAACACAAAGUCGGCAAACCAACAGUCUGGAAAAGCUCGAGAUAACCUCUGAUGAGGAUGUGGAACCCAAGGAAUUUGCUUGGCUCAAGGUAGGAGGAAGAGUAACUGUGGGAACUAACAAGUCUGGCACUGUUCGCUACAUCGGCCCGACACACUUCUCAGAAGGCAUCUGGGUCGGGGUGGAACUAGACACUCCCUCAGGUAAAAAUGAUGGUUCCAUUGAUGGCCACCAGUAUUUCCGCUGCAGCCCUGGUUAUGGAGUGCUAGUACGUUCUGAUCGGUUAAUUCGACGGGAAGCUUCCAAAAGUCACGCCAAAAAUCGCCGCAGUGGGGAGUUAACUCAGCAACUUCGGGGAGGGGCCAGCACUGCCAUUCAGAAAGGGGAGAAUCGCAAAUCUUGGACCAGCUAAUUGACAUUGAGUUGACCAGGAUGCAACUAAAAUGUUAUUGCAGAUGAACUCCAAUUACAGAAUAUAAAUCUACUGGAGGAUCCACCUACAUUCAUCACUGUGCUGGGGCUAAUCUUCUUUCUGAGACCCAACUUUGCAUGGAGGUGGUACAACAUCACUUUAAGUGCUAUGUGUAACACAUGGGUGGGAUAUGACUGUUGUAAAUGGUAUGCAAUAUCAUGGGUCACCUCGAGAUUAUCGUAAAUAUUCAUUCAGAAUGAAUGAGGCUCCCUCUUCUUUGGGGUCAACCCAUCAUUCUCCUUGUGCUCUAGUUUUAUCAAGAAUCCAUUUUUGGACUGAUAUUUUAAAUUAAGCUUGAUUCAUCUUCCUAGCUCAGUCAGUUAUUGAUUUUUUUUUUUUAGUCCUUGUUAACACUAGCAAGAACAUGUUGGUCAAGGGCUUGGUCUGUGUGGAAGAGAUUAUCUCAGGGAUCAGACAAAGUUAUUGGAUAUAUGUGUAAGAUGGCAAGGUGGGUUUUCAGCUUGAAGCCACUGUUGAGGGGGUAUGCAUGUAUUUACUGUAAGUGCAUCCUUCUAUUUAAAAAACAAAAACAAAAAAUGGGUGUUGCCCUGAGCAGGUAAAUGCAGGUAGUUGAUGUCGGUUUGUUCAUUUUAAGUGCUACUAUUACUGGGUCUGUGAUUGGAGGACAUAAUCCACACAACCAUUUUUUUUUUUGUUUUUUUUUUGGUAUGGUGCCAUAUGGUGUCACGAUCAGUAUGGAACUAGCCAUUGGAUCCGUCAUUGUAUGGGGAGAAACUUUUUGACGUGAUUGAAUUGGCACAUUGUUUAUAUUAACUGGCUUAAUGAUACUUUAACUUAAUGGACUGAUGAUGGACUGAAAUAAACUUAAGAAGGGCUUAUUUACAACACUGAAAUACAACCUGGUAGGUUGGUGCGCAUUUUAGUAAGCAGCCUUUUAAUUAGAAUGGGGUUAUUGCAAUUACUUCAUCAGAAGGCAAAAUUGUAAUUAUUUGUACUGCAAUUUCCCGAAAAGUAGCACAGUUUUUAUUAUUUGAUUGACUUUGAAAGUUCUUUCACCAGAAGGUCACAGUAAAAACACAUUCCAGUUUCAAAUUUAGCUUUGGAGCUAAAGAAUUAUGUGUUGAAACAAUUACUGGUUAAUCUUAUUAAUUACAUUUAAAAUGUCAUUUAAUAAAAAUAAAAUAAAAUUUUUUUUAGCAAACUGUAUCAUAAAAUGGACACAUUUAUAGUGUUUUAAUAAGGAGUACGGUUCCAUAUAAUGCCCUGAAAUUCACAUCAUAAUGGAGAAAAAAGACGUGUUACUCCAUUCUUUUUAUAUUCUAUUUUUGUGGAAGUCCUCUAAUGAUUUCUGAAAUCUAAUGCAAUAUCAAAUUAUUAAAAUAUAUUUUAAUGGUUGUAGGUAUGUAUAUUGAUUUUGUGUAAAAAAAAUCCCAUGAAUGGAAAAUUAAUUUGCACAUUUGAUUUAUAGUAGCUUAUGUGCCCAAAGGGUACUUACAGUAGUUUUAUUCUAAAUUAACUUAAACUAACCAAUGAUCCACUGUAAAUCUGCAUUUCACUGGAUUUGUUGCUGAAGUCAAAAGCAUUUUUUAAAUUUUGAUCCGAGGAAAGAUGCAUUUUUUCCACAUUCAUGAGUUUCAAAUUGCCUUUGAUUUGUGUUUACCUGCAGAGUGGUGUCUAGAUGUUUGUGUUCAGAUGUAAAAAAUGGGUUGAGGUCUUUCCAUCUUGUAAUUUAUCUUGAUCUGUGCCUCAUUCAUCAUGGAAGAAAAGAAACGCACACAUGGAACACGACUUCAUUGCUGCUUUUAUUAGCAACCCCAGUGGCUUCAGACAAGAAGAUAUUUAGGCCUGACUGGUCGUAUUAGUGUCUACUUGUCCUACUAAAGUUAACACAAAUGCUCUGAGGUGCUUGUUUGUCCUUUUUCUUUGGUCUUUGACUAACAAUAGUUCACUCCUCAGUGAUGCCAGUGAUGGAGUUGUUUUAUUUGGAAUCUAAAGUCUCAAAAGAUGUCUGUUUAUUGACGUAAUACAUUUCAGUAGUAGCAUUCUAAAUGCUUAUAGGGACUCAUACAACAUGGUCUCUUAUGGUUUGUCACCAUAAAAGGGCAAGUGAACUUAAUUGGAGACAUUUUCAAUAAGCUGAUCCCCUUACAUUUCAGAACAUAGAUACUAUUAGCUAGAUUUAUAUUGGUGUACUAGGUGUUCACGUGCAAUUAAUAAUUUGUCUUACCAUGUCAAUAAAUCCUAAACACAUUGUGAUCAAUCUCAGUAGGUCUCCAGUAGUGUUAAUGAGACCAUGACCUAUCAUGUGGAUUCCUGAAGUGGCAUAGAUCUAAACCCAUAUCUGAGCAACCACACAGUGGCCUUUUGAAGCAUUCAAUCCGGGACUCUUCUGACUUAAUGCAGGUGUGGAUUCUAGUGCUCUUCUCCUGUUUGAAAUCCUUCCCAUUCAGAGCACAAGGAGAACAAGAUUUUAAAAGGAUCUAUUGGCCCUGCUGUCGCAGUGUUUACACAGAUGUCAAAGUUCUUGGCAGGAAGUUGCUGCUCCACUUCUGUUUUGUUUCCUUUUCUCCCUUUCUGAGCAUUUGGUGGUCUCCUCCUUUGUCUUGAGUAGCAAUGGUGUGUGCCUCAUCCUGGAGUUUUGAUGAUUUUAUGUUAUUAAAGAUGUCCAUAUUUGUUGAUUAUAUGGAGCAGUUGGAACAGAGUAUAUGUGUGUGUGUGUGUGUGUGUUGUAUAUAGUCACAUCUUAAGAGUUCAAUCUGAGCUCAAUUUGGGUUUGAUUAAUUUCAUUAUCUGCAAUUCUAUGCUGAUAUCCAAAGAAUAAUCAUGUAUAAUAAUUCAUUUAUAAUUUCUUUUCUAUUGACUGUACAAUAAUCUGGCUGUAAAGGAAAAAUAAAGUGAACUGAUUUACACAUUUGUCUUGUUACUAGUACUUUUGUAAAAAUGUAUGUCUGCUGCUUGCUCAGUUUGGUCCAUUAAAAAUUUGCAAACAGUUCUUGAACAUUUUAUCAACCUGCGUGCAGUCAGUUUAAACUUGCAAAAUGGAAGUUUACUUGAAUAAUUUACUACCAUUUACCAUUUACUACAUGAAUAAUUUUCAUAGGCCAUAACUGUAUGUACAGAAAUCCAGAUUCAUUUCAGACUUAAAGACACAUUGGAAUAAAAAAAAAAAAAAAGAAAGAAAAAUGUUUUUAUAACAUAUCCUGGAGUUUUGACAAUUUUGUUAUAAAAAUGUCCUCACUCCUAUGUAUUAUGUACUAAUAUUUUAAAUAUGAUACUGGAAUUUUAAUAUCAUUAUAGGUAUGAUACGCUCAAAAAAACUAUUUUUAAGAUUUACACAUUUCAGUUUCAAAAACUGAAUUGCAUAAUCUUUAUAAAAAAAAAAUGUUAUCCCCUUUUCUCCCAAUUUGGAAUGCCCAAUUCCCACUACUUAGUAGGUCCUUGUGGUGACGCGGUUACACACCUCAAUCCGGGUGGUGGAGGACAAGUCUCAGUUGCCUCCGCUUCUGAGACCGUCAAUCCACGCAUCUUAUCGUGUGGUUCGUUGUGCAUGACACCACGGAAACUCCGCAUGUGGAGGCUCAUGCUACUCUCCGCGAUCCACGUGCCCCAUUGAGAGCGAGAACCACUAAUCGCCACCAAGAGGAGGUUAUGUCACCCAUGUGACUCUACUCUCCCUAGCAACCGGGCCUAUUUGGUUGCUUAGGAGACCUGGCUGGAGUCACUCAGCAUGCCCUGGAUUCGAACUCGCGACUCCAGGGGUGGUAGUCAGUGUAAAUACUCGCUGAGCUACCCAGGCCCGAAUUGCGUAAUCUUUAACAAAAUUAAGUUCAUACAACAACACAACUCAUCUCUUAAUUUUUUUUUAAAAAGGCUUCAUUUAAAUGCAUUGAAAAGUUUUCAGUUUAAGCAACCCGAUCUCAUGAGAACUCGUAAAUUAUUUACGACUUGGCUAUUUCGUAUGAUCUCAUACGAUGUUGUUUGCUUAAACUCACCACGUGAAAACUCCCGGAUGUCUAAUGCGGAAGUGAGCACGAGUUCCGUGCAUGAGGCGUUAAGGACAUGCUUAUUAAUAUUAUGCCCUCACCCAAACCCCUUAUCUAAACUUAACCGAUCAGUAGAGUGUGUAAACAUGAUAGGAAUCUGUUGUGUGUGACAGAAGCAAGUAAUUGUCGCGUAUUAGAUGGAAACGAUGUCCAGCGACGUCAAUAGCUGUAGUGAAAGUCAUAGGAAUUCAAACGAGUGCAGUCGCACGAUAUCAUACGAAUUAGCCAAAUUUAGAACAGUCGUAUGAAUCCUGACGAUUUCGCCAUGAGAGAGUGUUGGUUUAAGUCUCAAUUUGAGUAACAAUUUAUUUUUUAUUUCAUAACUGUAAUUUUUAGUAUUAUUAUAAUGUAAAAAUGUGCACAACUUUUUGUUAUAUCAAGAUUGUUCUUGAGUAAUGUUUAAAAAAUGUGUGCAAUUAAACAAUGUUUUUUUCUGCUCAUUAGAACUUUAUUCUCUAGAAGGUACAGUUUGAAAAUAAAAACAACUUAAAAACAAAGUUUGAAAACAACCAAAAGUGUCAAAACAAAACCUAAAAAAGUAACAAGGCAUAUGCGUUUUAUACUACAUAUUAAUUACAGAACAGUCUACUGUCCAAAAAAGGCACUAAAUUCUGUAAUAAGAGAUACAUGAUUACACUAUUUUAAGUUAAUACAACAGUGAUAUAUUUUUUAUACUCAGAAUAUAUUUAUAUAUAUUUCAUAAAUUCACAUAUUGAACAUGGACAGAUUUAAAAACACAGUCAAACUGUUCCCUCAUUCUUUCAAGACUGACGUCUGAUCCAAAACUCUUUUCAAAACUCCCUUAAGAUAGGAUUCUGAAUUUACUAGGCAAUAAUCCAUUAUUUUGUAGCUCAAUACUGUUUCUUAGAAAGUGUUUAAGGAGGGGCUCGUUAGUGAGAUUGGACUGUCUGUAUUCUCCAAUAAAAUAUAUAAGACUACAAGAUUGCAGUGCAGGGACAUACAGUGGCCCCAAAAAGUAUUUGGAUGCUUAAGCUGAACUUAUAAAUGCACGAAUUCCUUUGCAUUUGAGAACAAAACAUCAAACCAGUUUGCAUUUAUUGUACAGAAAGAUAACAUAAAGUGUUCUUUCUUUACAAUAAAUGCAAAUUGGUUUGAUGUUUUCUUCUCAAAUGCAAAGGAAUUCAUGCAUUUUAAAGUUUAGCUUAAGCGUCCAAAUACUUUUUGGCCACUGUAAAUCUACUGAGCGAUGAUACCUCAUAGUGAAAAAGGAGACCAGCACACAGCUACAUAUGCUUCCAUAUAUUUUAAUAAAUUAAUCAAACAGCGUUUUUUUUGACCACUGAGGUCUUAAUCAGGCCUGAACUGUUACCUUUUUUGAUCGUGCACUUGCCCUUAAUUGUUUUGGAUGUGUGCACACUACCUCCAUUUUCAGUCCAUUGUGCCAAAGCCAGUUGGCAAUAGAAAAAAAGCGCUACUUUAGGUUUCAGGGAUCUACAAUUUUUUUUUUUUUAGCCAUAUAUAUGAUUGGCAGGUUGCAAUACUGUUUAUUGUCAAUUGCUUAUAAUAGUUUUCUUUCCUCACAACUUCUAAACAUAAAAUCUAAUCUAAUGC